AUGCCUCCUAGACUUGGCCCCUACACUGGCAAGGUCUCGCGGCGAUCCCAUCAGAAAUCUCGUCUUGGGUGCCAAAACUGCAAAAGGCGCAGGGUCAAGUGUGAUGAAUUGAAGCCUAGUUGCGGAAACUGUCUGCGUCACUCAGUUGACUGCGAUUACGCCUUGAAUCCAGAAAGGUCUUCCACGCCGUCCACAGAGGAGGGAGUCACACCCACAUCGCACAAUGGCAGCUACAACUUUAUCUCCUCGUCCCAGUCAAAUUUCAGUCCUCCAAGGAGAGGACGUAGUUCACGUCCUCUGUCAAUACAGCAGCCUAACGAGCCAAGCCCCCUGUUGCAUCAAGCCGUGGCAAAGAAGCCGUUCCAAUUCACGGCCACUGACAUGGCCCUCUUCCAUCAUUUCAUCACCUCAGCUGACUUGGGAGGCUCUCAAAACCACAUGCAAACCCAGCUGUCUCAACUAGGGUUCACCUUCCACUAUGUUUUGCGUCUUCUCCUCGCGUUUUCAGGCUUUCACCUGGCACGCACCUCGGCCAACCAGUCAUUCUUAGGCUCAAGGAGUGAUUUGUACGCUGUCGCCGAACAGCACUAUGACCUCGCUGUCCGCGAGGUCACAGGCGCGAUUCCACAACUAGACGCAAUCACUAGUCCAGCACUUUAUGCGUCUUCAAUCUUCAUAUUUCUCUGCUCGCUUGCAAAAGGACCCCAGCCUGGGGAGUAUCUAGCUUACCGCGACGACGGUAAUCCAGGGUGCUUGUCCUUAUUCAUGGGUCUGCGGUCAAUUAUGGAGAUUUGUAGCGCAACUCUCUCGGUCGACUUUUCAUCCAUCCAUACUGAGGAUCCAGAAGACAAGACUUCCCAGGCCGAGGAACCCCCUUUCCACAGUGAAGAACAGGUCUCGCAGGUAUAUAGUGACCACCUGGCCCAAUUACGGCAUCUGAUAUCGGCAACUUUCCCAGUCAGCGGUCCCGGGUAUACAGACUACUCCCAGGUGCUGGACCGACUUUGUCACUGCUACGAUGUCGUAUUCGGUGGCUAUUCCCAGCUGCCAGAGGCUCAACUCUGGCCCCAGAUCUUUAGUUGGUUAUAUACACUGCCGGAUCUUUUUCUAGCAGACGCACAACAGCGCAGGCCAGCUGCCUUGGUGGUGUUUGCCUCUUUUGCGGUCUUGCUGAAGCGACUCGACGCGGCGUGGUUUAUCCGCGACUGGCCUGAACAUAUCAUGACUAGCAUUUUUAGCAACCUUGAUGAGUCUCAUCAGGGAUAUGCCCAGUGGCCCAUGCAGCGAAUAAAGCGACUGUCCAACGGUUUACAUUUGUCAAGGAUAGAUGUUCCUUGA